UCUGACUGGCAGUACUUUCACGUGCGCUCGUUAUUACUCUCCCAUUUGCGCUCACUGAACAACUUUAGUCACGGAUUCAUAUUAUUUUCCCCGAUAAUCAUUCGAUUAUGUCUAAAAGACCAGGAAAUGAAAAUGGCGAAGAAGUUGUAACCAAGAAGAACAACCCUCAGUUAGGAGAUCCACUGAAUAUGCUGAAAUGGAUCGACGAAAACAAAACUUCAUUUCUCCCGCCAGUCUGCAACAAAUUAAUGUAUGGUGCAGGGCAGUUAAAGGUGAUGUUUGUUGGUGGACCAAAUGUCAGAAAAGAUUAUCAUAUUGACGAGGGAGAGGAGUUUUUCUACAUGGUUAAAGGAGACAUGAACCUGAGAAUCAUUGAGAAAGGAAAACCAAAGGAUGUGAUCAUCAAAGAGGGAGAGGUCUUUGUGCUUCCAAGCAGGAUACAGCACUCUCCUCAACGGAAGGAAAACACUGUGGGAUUGGUCAUUGAAAGAGAGAGACUUCCUGAGGAAACAGAUGGUCUAAGGUAUUUUUGUGAGGAUGGUGUAACACCUCUUUGGGAAAGAUGGUUUCAUUGUGAAGACCUUGGUACUCAGUUGGGCCCAAUCAUCAAGUCAUACUUUUCUUCAGAAGAAUACAAAACAGGAGUCCCAACCUCUGAAAAUGUUGACAAGGAUCCACCUGUCAAAGUUGACCUUGAAACAGAAGUCAGUGAACCCUUUUCAUUGAAAGAGUGGAUUGUUGAACAUAAAAGUGACAUUGAAUGUGGAACAAAGGAACUGUUUGGUAAAGGAGAAUUCAAGAUAAAUGUUCAUGGUGAAGGAGAACAAACUGGCGAAUGGCAAGGGGAAACAUGGCUUUAUCAAUUGGAGGGAGAUGCAACUGUCACGGUAAAUGGUGAAACAAAAGUGAUUUCCAAAGAUGACGUCCUUCUCAUUUCAGCGGGUGCUAAGUACACUGUGAAAAGAUCCAAAGGCUCCAUUGGUCUGAGUGUUAUUAUGGACCCAAUGGCAAACAAGUGAAACAUGUCUCACCGUAGGAUAGAAGAAGUCAAAAGAAUGUCUUAACUCUUAACGAUCAAACAUUUGUAUACAAGUCCCCCAUACAGUUCUCUUUUCAUUUCCUCUGGUUCUUACCAGGAUAAUUUGUUUAAAAGUCAAAAGCUUUUUUAAGUUGGGAUAAUUUCCAUUAUUUUCAUGACCAUAUUGUUUGAUUUGGAGGUGAAACCAUUUAGAGAAAUUAGAUACUUUUCAUUCUUUGCGCUUAAAAGGUUAAAGAUGCUUCACCAAUGGGCCAUUUUACAGUUGUGUACUUAGUUGCUAAGUCUUUGAUUGGUGUGAGGCUGAAGAUGACCUUGUUGUGAUAGAGACCUGUAUCUAGUUAGCAUAAUAAAAAGUAAUUUACAUUUGUAAAUCAGCAAUGUCUAUCAUGACAAGGUCACCCUUAGCCUCACUCCUAUUUAAAGGCUUGGCAACCUUAAAACUCAGUAUGACUCUUUCACUCUCAAGAGUGAGUCAUCCUUUUAAAAUUCUCCUUACAAUGUCAACAGACAGGUAAUGAGAAUUAGAACAAAACAACUAGGGGAGAUAUAUAUUUUUUUUAUUUAAAACGAAACUCUCAGUACCUCAGUACUUCACAUUGAAGAAUUGUAUGGCGUUAGUAAGCAUAAUUUGAUAUUCCAAGGGUGAGGGGUACUGUUCAAAAUGUUAUGUAAUUAGUAUUUAAAUACAAGUGAAACCUUCUAUUUUUCACAAAGCACUCCAGUUUUUUUCAUCAUCGUAAUUCAGUGAAACAUGGGCGGUCCCUGGAAAAAACUUUUGAAGGGUUUUUAUAUCUAAGUAAAACGCAUUUUUGUCGUGAAGAGGCUUACCGUUUACCCGGAUCUUGUAUAGGGUACCAAGUUUUGAAGAACUUUUUUAAAUUUGAUUUGUAGUUCACUACCGUAACAGAAAAUAAAAGUUGGUAAAACUACAGAAUACAAGGCCACUUAUUUACAUCUCAUUGAAUCACAAUACAUCGUUUUGUUUUCUGCCUCGUUCUUCAAAGCAUGCCGAUAAGGUGGACUUCAAUGGCCUUGUGUUGUGAAAGGAGAAUCCGCAUAAAUAAAACUUGUCAAACGA